GUUCUUUAGUCCUCUUCCAUCGCCCAGAGUUGGACAGCCCAUUUUCCACAGAGCCCAUGAGGGGCUCGAAAUUGCUUUGGCGGCCAUGGUGGUUUGAAUUUUGAGGAUCCAUCCAGUUCAUGAGCUUGUCGUUUGAUUCACAGACCUUGUUUGCCCUGGUGGCUUUGCGAGAGCUCUCAAUUUCCAUCACUGGAAUGGCGCCUAGCCGCCCAGGUCAGGCAUAUACGUUCAGGAUCCUUCAGGUUACCUUCAACAAGCUCAUGACGACGGCUGUGUCCAACAACCAAAGGGCCACUGCCGUUGCCCAAGUGAACAUCACAGCUUGGGUUUCAGGUUUGAGAGAGCUCCUCUUCAGACAAGAUGCUCUUCCCAGCCUCAGCAAAGACAGCAUGUUGCGCAGUGCUUCAGGUGGCAACCAAGACCCUUGUCCCAUCGUCGCAAGUAGCCAGCCGUUGAUCACCUGACUCCUCGUUUCCAGGCCUUUCACCCUACCAAGCCCCGGCUGGCGACACACGUUUGCCCGCAGAUGCUUUCAGGUUUGAAGACUGCUCAAGGAAU